AUGAAUCCACUGUCACAAAAAUUGACUGAUAAGUAUGAAAUCAUUCUGGCAUCAUCUUCUCCACGAAGAUUUGAGAUUUUAACGGAACAAAUGGGAUUUGACAACAUAAAAGUCAUGAAACCCAGCUUCGAGGAAGAUCUUGAUAAAUCCUUGUAUGUCAAAAGGCCAAGCGAUUACGUCCAAGACACAUGUAAGGAGAAGGCAAAGAGCAUACUCCAAGAAUUGACUCCAGGAAGUAAAUCGAAAUUGGUAUUAUGUGCCGAUACAAUUGUAGUAGACCACACCGAUGAGAUCUACGAGAAACCUGUAGAGAAAGAAAUCCAACUACGAAACCUGCUCAGAUUCACUCAAUCCGGGAAACCGAUGAGGGUCAUUACCGCUGUUACUAUUAUCAUAUACAACACACCACAAGAAUACAGCUUUGAUUCCUUUUAUGAACAGACGGAGGUAUACUUCGACAGUAAUAUCCCAAGGUCGAUAGUUGAGAUGUACGUGGAAAGCGGUGACGGCUUACAAGUUGCGGGUGGUUUCAAAGUGCAAGGUUUCAGUGGCUGUCUUAUUAAGAAGGUCAACGGUGAUUACUACAACGUGGUCGGUCUCCCAUUAAAUGGUACAUGGAAACGCCUAUGCACUUUGAUAUAA